AUGUUUGAAUUCAUGCGCAGAAAGAAAGAAAUAUUGGGCCAAAAUAAGGACGGACGGACGGAGGCUGAGACCGAGAAACCCAAAAACAAGGGUCUCUUGCGCCGCGGUUCGUUCAUCCCCACCGUGAAAGCAGAUGGAAGUUCUGCCAAGAGAGCCCGCUAUUUCAGCGGGCCGCCUAAGCCACCAGACGACUUGAGCGACCGUCUCACAGAAAGGCCACCCACACUGCGCACGCGCAGCUCAUCGUGCUCUGCCGUCUCGUCACUGGAUAUUCGAAACCCCUUUCAACAGUACACUGAGGAUUCUGCGAUGACGGCGAGCCAAGUAGCGCUGACGGAGUCAAUGAGCAGUCUCGUCGGACCUUCAAGGGAAAGCGUCCGAUAUGUCGUCAGUCAUGCUCCGGUGCUGGUCAGCCCUCAGGCCGAGCGCGCGGAGAUCUUCUACUCCGAUGACGUCUUGGAAACACCGAACGCGAGUUCGCUGUCAAUCAACCCAUUCGCUGAUGCAAUCCCUCCUGUUGGAGUGACGGACGCUGCAGAAAGAGCUGUGGGCUUCUGGAUCGACGAAAAAUGUUUCGCCAACAAUAUCGCGGUCUGCAUCACGAAAGUCCUGUCACACGCCAACAAAAAGACCGUUGGACUACCUGCAUGUUAA